GUGAGAGCUGUACUUUAAAACAGCACGGUGGGCUGAACUCACACACUCGGACACUCACAGCAGAUAAAUCAUACUGAAACAUAAGGUCACUGUUGUCAAUCCCUCUGGAUUUCUAUAGGAUCUGGGACUUUAAACAAUUUCAAGAGGGAAAUAUCAGAGACAGGUGUAGGACUGUAAAGGAAGGUACCUGGACACAUAGUGGAGAUGGAUGCAGGCCCGUUGGCAUCAGUGGCCGAAGGCUCUCCGGAAGGGGAGACUGUGUGUGCCGCUUUGGCCCGCUAUGAAACCACAUUGCGGGAUGCCGUACGUGAGAUCCAUGUGGACGUCAGUGCUUUCAAGCUGGGCAUCGAGCGGAGACUAGAAGAGGCCAUUAAUGUGAGUGGACCUCUGGGCCGGGCCGUGGCACAGCUGCAGCAGGAGAACCGGCAGCUCAGGGGUCAGUUAGAGGCCCUAACCCGACAGGUAGAGAUGCUUACGGGGUCGGUGUGUGACAGAAGCGCACUUCUCACUGAAGGAUCGGCACCACCACAGAGCAACAGCAGCACCGUGGGGCAUCAGUCUCCACCGUCUGCGGCCCCCAGCGUAGCAGCUCUGACCGGCUCUGCCUCCAGCCCCACCGCCACACGCUUCUCCAGCAGAGCCACCUUCUCCGUCACCAGCAAAACUAAUGUGAAAAACUCCACUGUGCCUUUGAGGAGAAGCUCACCACCCAACGGUGUGUCACAGGAGCACUCAGCCCCUGUUUCCAUGGCGAUGCCACACCUGCCCAUCACAGCAACCACCAAAGUGACUGACUCAGCAGUUAUGAAAAGUCCUGAGUCACCUGGUAGCCCGAUGCAAGCCAUGCCAUCAGCCAUAACAGAUUCACUGACAAGCAGUCAGCCGGUCACCAGUGAUAACCAGCUACAACUAGAGUCUCCUGUUCAUGCAGUGUAUUCUGAAGUAUUUGUUGAACACUCCAAGUUGAAUGUGGAUAUGUCAGGAGAUUUAUCCUUCGGUAGAGGUAUUGAGCGCAGACGGGAGCUUGUGAGGUCCCAGACUUUACCUCGAAACAUUGGAGCCCAGGCUCGCAGGUCCAUUUUUGAGAGGCUGGACUCUGAGAACAACAGUCGACCCAAGCCUGUGGAUUCCAAACCAAAGCUGAAACGCUCUCAAAGCUUUGGAGUAUCCAGUGCUAGCAGUAUCAAGCAGAUUCUUCUGGAAUGGUGUCGAUCCAAGACCAUUGGGUACCAGAACAUCGACAUUCAAAACUUCUCAUCCAGCUGGAGUGACGGCAUGGCAUUCUGCGCCCUGGUCCACUCUUUCUUCCCCACAGAGUUUGACUACAAUGUCCUGUCCCCUGUUGACCGCAAACAUAACUUUGAGUUGGCAUUCAGCACUGCAGAGAAGAAAGCCGGCUGCGACAGGCUCAUUGAAGUGGAGGACAUGAUGGUGAUGGGCAGAAAGCCAGACCCCAUGUGUGUCUUUACUUACGUCCAGUCACUAUAUAACCACUUGCGCAAGUUUGAGUGAGAUCUCGGCCUCUUCAGCCCCAGUUGAACCCUCUGCACUGCCUCCUGCUGGACAAAACUGAACUUUUGUCACUAUGUCACUAUGGUAUGGGGUUGCAAAAUGUCCACGGGAACCCACACCAUUUCAAUCAUGACGCUUCUACGGUGGCAUUUUAGUCAAGAAAAGGUCAUUGACAUGGCUUUUGUGUAUGGCACGCUCUUUUUUUUUUUUUAGAAAUGGUGGCCUCUGAUUUAUUACUAAACAGCUUGAAUUUAAAGGAAUAGUUCACCCAAAAAUUCUAAUUUGCUGACGGUGUACUCGUAUUCAGGCCAACAGAUUUGGAGAAAUCUAGCAUUAAAUCACUCGCUCACCAG